ACUAGCUACUAGGACAUGGUAGUAGCAUCACACCAGCAUAUGAAUGGGAAUGUGUUGGGCCCCCAUACUGUAUAAAACAGGCUGGGUCUCCUGUAAACUUUGCUCCCCGGGGGGCUAAAACGUAUAAUUUUGCUACUAUAUGGAUUAUUUGGCUUCCAACAGCCUCGAAAUACUGAAGUGUCCUAGUUCUGCCAAGGGCUUCGAAGCUAAGCUAGUUUAGCAUCAUCUCAUCCACCGUAACGUUAUGCAAACCGGGAGGGAUUAGCUAGCUAGCCGCUAACUCCAGCUAGCGGUUUUAGUUAAUGUUGGAACAUUAUACUUGAAUGAGUAGGUGGUUAAGAAGUUCAGUUUGUCAAACAAGUAUACAACGUGUGCGAUAGUUUAUUUACAUGUAAGUAAAUCCUCUCAAAAUGGACCUGAAUUUUUAUUCUCUUUCGGAUGGUUGUGCUCAAAAUGAUUCGGAGUUUUUGGACACACAAGCAUAUGGCGGAUACUCUGAGGAAAACAAGUUUCCAGAAGGCGGCGACACUUAUCUCACCAUCAGUGGAGCGGGUCACCCUUUCUUGUCUGCCGAGCAAACAUUCCAUACUCCCAGUCUCGGUGAUGAAGUGUUUGAGAUUCCCCCCAUCUCCCUGGAUCCGGACCCCCGUCUGAGGAUCAAUGAUGGAGUUUCCCACUAUGAGAUGACAGAUGGGUCAGACGGCAUCGUUGGGCCUCCAGGAUCCCGGAGCCUUGUCAGCAACCUGGUGGUGGCAGCCAAUGACCCUUCCUUCGCUUCCACUUAUGUGAACUCCGGGUCUCAAGGCCUGGAGCAGCUGAACCUUGUGGCAAUGGGCCAGGGCGGAGGGGGGGCCCUGCUAAGCUCCUCUGCUCUGGAACUUGGGAGUUCCAGCGGUUCACAUUUCAGCAGUUCAUCCCCCAUGACCAUUGAUGUUCAACUCGGGGACAUCAGCCAUGGUCUUUUGGGAAGCAGCCAGUUGAGCACCAUUAACCCGGCGGAGUUGGCACUGGGUCUCGGGGGGGACGGCAUCGGGCAUCAUUCAGACACACUGGACCAGGCGCUCUGUGCAACACCAUCCCCAGCCGGCUCGCUGCAGGAUGAGGACAUGGAUGACUUCAAGAGGAGUGUGCUUGUAGACUCCCCCCUGUAUCUCUCCUCCCUCGCCCACAUGUCCUCCCACCCUGCUCUCACGUCUUCAGUGGCUCCAGCAGCGGGCAGGAGGGGCGGGGGGAAGCCGGCCUCAAUGUCUGCGGCGCUGGGUGCUAAGAAAGGACGGAAGAAGAAAGACCCGAAUGAACCACAGAAGCCCGUGUCAGCGUACGCCCUGUUCUUCAGAGACACACAGGCAGCCAUUAAAGGCCAGAACCCCAACGCCUCCUUUGGGGAGGUGUCAAAGAUUGUGGCCUCCAUGUGGGACAGCUUGGCUGAGGAACAGAAACAGGUGUAUAAGAGAAAGACUGAUGCAGCCAAGAAGGAGUAUUUGAAAGCCUUGGCAGCGUAUAAAGCCAACCAGCUCACACGGCCCGCCACUGAGGAGAUGGACACCGCCCCUCUCCCUCCUCCCCCCGUGUCCCACCCGCCCCCUGCAGCCCUUCCUUACACCGGUCACCAUGCCAACCGCCAGAUUGCCACCAGCCUGGAGGAGAACACCAUCACCAACAUCUGCGCCUCCAACAUCAUCCUGGACGUCCCGGAGAGGGCCACGCGUUCCCGCACGGGGGCCAACAAAUCCCCGGCUCCAGCGGCUGCACCCCCCCACACCCAGACUGUCACCAAGAUCAUCAUCCCCAAGCACCUGCUGCAGGCGGGGGGGCAGGUGGUGACCAUGUUGCCCGGGGUGGUCCGCGCUCUGCACCCCUCCCUGGUGGUGGUGGGGGCUUCUCGUCAGCCGCCCCCGCUGCAGCAGAUGCAGAGCGCGCCACCCCCGCCCCGGCUCCAGCAAAUGGCCCCCGCUCCUCCACCGUUACAGGCCAAGCCGCAGGGGGGGAACUCCUCGGGCGGCUUCACUGUGAGCAUGGCGGCUACGUCUCCCCCUCCACUCCAGAUUAAAAUAGUUCCCUCGUCCUUGCAGGGCAAAGAGACCCUGCCCAUUAUGAUCCCCAACACGAUGGCCGUGUCCUCCACCCCCACCACCUCCGCCCAGGCUGCGGUGGUCUCGCUGCAGGUGCACUCUGCUGACACGUCGGGCAGUGCGGACGACGACGAGGUUACAGAGGUGCUGCACUCAGAUGAGGAGGACAUGGAGGUGAAUGGGUCCAGCGAUGUGGCGGCUGUGGGGAGUGUGUGUGUGAGGACGGGCUGCAGCAACCCCGCGGUGGAGAGCGACGACUGGGACAAGGAAUACUGCAGCAACGAAUGUGUGGCCACUCACUGCAGAAACAUAUUCAGGGCGUGGUGCUCAUUCCGGAAUCAGGCCAUGGUGAAAUAGAGAGCAGCUGCUGCACAUCAUCAAAACAAAAUAGGACACGUGUUAACAGUUGAAAGACGACUGCAGUACCAAUGCAGCACAGAAGCAUGCAUUUCUCUGAUUUCUACUACAAGUCUGACAGUUACAAGUAUAUGCUACUAAACAAGGAUUCAAUAUUAAUAUUUUGAAAUAAUGUAGUGUUAUGUUUGAUUAUGUGUACAGCUUUUAGUUGAGACGUCAAGGCAGCUAAAGAAAAGAUCACAAUAAAUUAUCAAAGUUACUCUGGUAUUCUCCGUUUUUUUAUUUCAAAUGAAGGCCAUACCAGUCAUUUUAUACUUGUUUAUUGUAAAACAUUGGACCACCAUUUCAACCUUUUUCCAGCAGUUUAAGACGUGAUUGUACAGUUCUCACUGAUUUGAAAUGUUGUUUUAUGUCUCUGAACUAACAAUUCUGUCUUUACUACAUGCUAAGGAAAAACAUGUUCUACUGUGUAUACCUUGGUUAGGAGGCCUUAGAAGCCUUUUUGGUUUGAUGCUGCCUUUCCCUUUUUUUGUAAAACAUUCUCUUCAUUGUUGUUAAAAAAUGCUCGACUUAAAUGUUUUCUUAAUAAAACGGCAGGUGUGCUCAAAUGAG